ACACUUUUGAGUGAAAUUGUAGAAAACCGUAGAGAAGAAAACAGGAGACGAAUGAACCCCAAUUCACACAGGUACAAAAGAAAUACUCUUUACAUUCUAUUUUCUACAAAAAAAAACCAGAACAAUUCUACGCGAUUUCUUCAUUGACUGCGUUCUCUCCACCACCGCCACCUCCUCCACCACCGCCGCUGCCACCGACCGACGCCCUAGCUCCUACUCACACCUCCGCCACUUAAUGCCUGUCCAAAAGCGCCCCCGAGAAACCCCCACUCCGCCGUCUUCUCCACCGCCACCGCCACCGCCGCUCGAGGUAGAUAAAGCCGAUGAUUCGCUCCAAGGCGGCGAUAAUCGUAACCACGAGCAGCAUGAAAACGCCUCCGAUUCCGACGAGACCUCUUACUCCAGCGAUGGAGAAAAGGACGAAUUUAUCUCCGUGAAGUUGUCUGAAAUACGCAAGGACGUUCAAUGUCCAAUAUGUUUAGGCAUAAUUAGAAAGACAAGAACAGUCAUGGAAUGCUUACAUCGCUUCUGCAGAGAGUGCAUUGAUAAAUCCAUGCGCCUAGGAAACAAUGAAUGUCCUGCUUGCCGUACACAUUGUGCUAGCCGUCGUUCGUUAAGAGAUGAUCCAAACUAUGAUGCCCUGAUUUCUGCUCUGUAUCCAGACAUUGAUAAGUACGAGGAAGAGGAAUCGGCUUUCCAUGAAGAGGAGAAAGCUCGCAAUAAGCAGAUCCAAGAUUCAAUUGCCCAGACCUUUCGUCGACAAGCAGAAGCACUCGGUAAAAAACGUCCAUCGGCCAAAGCUGCAGCUGCAGCAGCCACCACAUCAGACAGAAGACAGGGGCACAAUCGUAAUUUGAGAGGUCGGAGAAACCAGCGCGUCGUCGAACACCACAUAUCAGAUGACGAUGAAGAAGAAGAAGAUGGAACAAACGGUCAAGAUGACAACAGCAAGGACUCUUCUUCGUCUGAAGAGCACUCCCCCGAACUAGUCAAAUUAAGAAAGUACAAAAGAUCUCGUGUAUCUCUCACUUCACAGCCUUCACCACAAGCCAAUGCAGACGAAGGUUGUAAUAACAAUGAUGAAGAUGAAGAUUCAGACAAGGACAAAGAGUCACUAGGUGCAUCCGCUGCACUUGUCCACAGCAGAAAAAUUCUCGGCUGGGGAAGAGGUGGCGCAAGGAGCAAUACCCGUCAUGGUGGCCUUAACUGGGCAAAUGGAAGGCUUUCCAAGCCUAAUCGCCUCUCUAAGUUUGUCAAUCAUCUCCGAUCUUUACAUGAAGAUGCUGAGUUUAAAAUUAGUCUGAUGCUCGUUUCGUUGCACGAGAAGAUACCGAACUUGAAGCGGCCUUACCUAUGCUGUAGCCACACAUCAUCAGUUAGACACUUAUGCCAGUAUAUCGCAAUGCAGACAUCGGUUGAAGCUAGUGAAAUCGAGAUGCUUGUAAUAAAAGAUUAUCAUCGUCCAAAGGGAUCUUCGGUCUUAAAUCCUUGCCACAAUAAUGAGUUGCAGCUGCUGAACGACGAUCAAACCUUGGACGAAAUCAAUACAAAGUUUACGCAGCGAAAUCUGGUCUUAGCAUACCGACGAAAGGAGAACGGAGGCGAAGGAAAUUGAGUGGGAGAAGAACUAUAUGCAGGAAGAAGCUAUAUCCCUUCUGAGGUUUCUUGAUAAAACUACACAACAGUAGAUUUACUUGUAUAUUUUUGUUCCAGUUGAGUGGUUUUUUUGAAGUUAAAAAAUUACAUAAAAACCAAUUGUACUGUAAUGAAAUUUACUGUCCUUAAAUGUUUUUAUUUUUAUUUUCCUACAUAUGUAAUUGAGAUGGUGGUGGGGACUAUAUAGUAUAAGAUAAGUUUAAAAGGUUGUCCAUU